AUGAAGAAACAGGGAAUGAACAUAGACCUGGAUGAAGCAGAGGACUGGUGCUUCGUCUGCAAAGAUGGUGGAGCCUUGAGGCUGUGUGACUACCAGGGCUGCACCAAAGUCUAUCACCCCAAAUGUGUGGGAAGGAAGAAUACUUUUCUCAAAAGCGAGAGGCGAUGGAUUUGUGAUCACCACUCUUGUUCAGUGUGUUGCUCCGGGAUCAAAAUCGGCUUCUCUUGCCUUCUUUGCACAUUUUCAGUGUGUGAGAAUUGCCGCAAAAGUAGUGAUGACUCUGAGUUUGCGGUGGUGAGAGGGAAGGAGAAAUUAGGCCUCUGUGAGGAUUGUUUAGAGCUUGUUAGGCUUGCGGAGGAGAAUGCGGAGUAUGAUGGAGAUGGAGAUAGGUUGGACUUUGAGGAUCAGGAGACAUUCGAAACCGGAUUUAAAGAGUGUUGGGAGAUCAUCAAGGAAAAAGAGGGCUUGACUUUGGAUGAUAUAUCUGAAGAAAGAAGAGAGAUGAUAGAUGAAGAGGAAAUGACAUUGAAAGAACUUCUCCUGCGGAAACACAACAACCGAAAAUCAGAUCAUGUGGCAUCAUUUGAUUCUGAGGAAAAGCCUAAGAAAGUGGUUUGUCCUAAUUCUCCUAGGAAUACCGAAGAAAAUGGGAUGAGCGAGGAUGAGGAUGAUGAAACUACAGUGAAAACUUUUUCGCUGCACAAACAGAGGAAGAGAAAAUUAGUGAUCUCAGAUUCUGAGACAUCAUCUGAUUCUGAGGAAAAGGAGCCACAUUUAGAGAAUGGGAUUAGUGAGGAUGAUGAAGAUGAAAUUACACUGACAGAUCACGCCGCGUGCAGAUUACACAAGAAGCCAAAACUGGUGAUCUCUUCUGAUGUUACAUCACUUAAUUUUGACAAAAAGUUUGAGGAAAAGGAGGAAGUGAUGGAUCCUAAUCCCACUAGGAACGCCGAAGAAAGUUGUUUUGCGUCUGUAGUUGCUAGUAAUAUGAAGCUUGUCUACUUACGAAGGAGCUUGGUGGAGGAGUUGAUGUCAAAGCAGCCUGAUAAAUGGGAGAGAAAGGUAGUGGGAAGCUAUGUAAGAGUGGAAAAUGACCCCAAAGACUAUUUCCGGGGAAAUUCCUCUCACCAACUUACACAAGUCAAAGGCAUAACUAGGAAGCACGACGGUGAAGAAAUUCUCCUACAACUGCUCACAAGAGAUGUUCCCAUUUCCUUGCUAUCGGAUUGCGAUUUUACCGAGGAAGAAUGUGGGGAUUUGCGAGACAGAGUGGAGAAUUAUCUGAUAAGGAGACCUACCGUUGUUGAGAUUGAACAUAAAGCAAGAGAGCUGCACGAGGAUCUAACAAAGGAUUGGAUUGAGAGAGAAUUCAUCCGGUUAAUGAAUUGCAUUCGUCACGAGACAAAUCAGAGUGGAUGGAUCAGCACGAAGUUAUCCAAGUAUUUGGAGCUUAGAGAGAUGCUAAAGCAAAUAUCAGAACAGGAAAGACUCUUGCAAAAGGAGCCACAAGUCAUUGCAGAGGUCUUGGACUUGAGCGACUUAUGCCUUGUUUAA